UGGUGUAGACAGUUGUACCUGAACUGUACAUGGAUACGUGAGCGAGCGAGUGAGCGAGAAUAUUUGGGGAACUACGAUCAGUGUGUGCGCCGAACCGUCCCAGAGCGAGGUUGAUACUUCCGUGCUCCCGUACUCGCUUGCGUUCGUGCGUGCGUGCGUGCGUGCUAGCUGCAGGAAUGGCAGCUUCCGCUAACUCCGAAAGCAAAACAUCGUCAACGACUAGUCUGCCGGCAACGAGCGCUCACAUCAAGCAUGCCAACUACAAGACCAUCAGCGCCAUCUAUGCAGCACUCGUCAUCGUCGUCGGCUUCGCUCUAUCGUUGUCAUCAGGCAUCACGGGCAACGUGAACUCGUACGUGCUGGAGGCCUUCCAUCUGUACCUGUACCUCGGAACGAUCACCUUCCUUAUCUACAUCUACACGUUCCUACUGCGAGACAAGAGCCCGGAUGCAGCGCCCUCUAUUUCCCCCGACGACGGAGACGUCCGCAGCGCCGAGGCGACCCAGCUAAGCGUACUCGGCGCUAGAAAUGGCGUGUCCGAGAACGGGAGCUCAGAGAACGGAGAGACGCAGCAGGCAAGCGAUGGGGGGGUCAGUAGAAGACGAACGACGGAGGCAAGGCAUGCCGGAAGCCUGUAUCUGCGUGUCGGAGGCCUGGUGUUUGGUGUUGGAGGAAUGAUCUACAGUACAUUGCACGUUGUUGUCUAGCUAAGUGCUGGCUUCGACACUAAAUGUCGCCACGUGAUCGGCGUCGUCU